UUAAGCAUCUCACACAGUCACACUGCAGUACAGUGUGCUCUCUCUCUCUCUCUCUCUCUCUCUCUCUCUCUCUCUCUCUCUCUCUCUCUCUCUCUCUCUCUGCCAUCACUCGUCCUGCCUUCCUGUGAGCAGAAAGCACUUGGUACUCCACCGUAUGGGACUGGCUGCUGUUUCCCUUGAAGCUCCAUCUUUCCGAUCACUCCCUAGAACUCAUCUAUGUUUUUUUUCUCUUGUUUCUUUGCUCAUUCUUCACACUUCUUUUCCCUUGCUGCUGAGCUCAGGGUUUUUGUCUUGUUGGGGUUGAGGGGGUUGUGUUGUGUUCAUCUUGAGGAGGGAACAUGCAGCAUCCAGGAGGAACAUGUGUGGCAUUACCCAACGUGGAUGCCUGUCCUCAGUUGUCCUGCGCCGCCCUCACCUUUAUGUAUUUACAGCAGGGGAACCAAGACACACCGACACCCCCAGAUCCAUCCAUGGCUCAGACUUACACAUCCGCCCAGUUUGCCCCUCCUCCCCAGAAUGGCAUUACCACAGAGUUCACUGCUUCACACACUCACCCACAUGCACACUCCCAUCCACAUUCACACCAGCAGCCAGCACCUCAAGACUACUCCGGGGUUCAGGCCUCUGUCAGCGACCAUCCACUCAACAUCUACCAGUCGACACAGAGCCACAGUGACCAGAAUGGAUCAGACAUCGGCAGUCAGACAGUCACUGGCACAGCCACAACAGAUGAUCCAGCACAGACAGAUAGUCAUCCACCAACACAGACUGCACCUGAGAGCACAGACAGCAAGGCCCAACCCAAAAGACUUCAUGUCUCCAACAUCCCCUUCAGGUUCAGAGACCCAGACCUCAGGCAAAUGUUUGGUCAAUUUGGCAAAAUCUUAGAUGUGGAAAUCAUCUUCAACGAGCGUGGUUCUAAGGGUUUUGGAUUCGUAACAUUCGAGCAUAGUAUGGACGCCGACAGGGCCAGGGAGAAAUUACACGGCACUGUGGUCGAAGGUCGUAAAAUAGAGGUCAACAAUGCAACAGCUCGAGUAAUGACAAAUAAGAAGACUGUCAACCCAUAUGCAAAUGGCUGGAAGUUGAAUCCAGUGGUCAGUGCUGUCUACAGCCCAGAAUUCUAUGCAGUGCCAGGGUUUCCCUACCCAGCAGCCAGUGCAGCAGCAGCAGCAGCAGCAGCCUACAGAGGAACCCACCUACGAGGUCGAGGACGGACAGUCUUCAACACAUUCAGGGCGGCUGCGCCACCUCCUCACAUUCCAGCUUAUGGAAGUGUUGUUUACCAGGAUGGAUUUUAUGGUGCAGAUAUUUAUGGUGGUUACGCUGCCUACAGAUUUGCCCAGCCUACUGCUGCCACAGCAGCUGCAUACAGUGACAGGUAAGAUUACAGAGUUCUCCAA